AUGUACAAGGGAGACACGAGCGUGACACAGUGCUACAGAGGCACAUCGGAUGGAUCGUACUUGGCUGAGUUCCUGCUGGAAAAAGGCUACGAGGUGCACGGCAUCGUUCGUCGGUCUAGUUCUUUUAAUACAGGCCGGAUUGAACAUCUCUAUAAGAACCCACAGGCUCACAUUGAAGGAAACAUGAAGCUGCACUAUGGUGAUCUCACGGACAGCACCUGCCUGGUGAAGAUCAUUAAUGAAGUCAAACCUACUGAGAUAUACAACCUGGGAGCUCAGAGCCAUGUCAAGAUUUCUUUUGACCUAGCAGAAUAUACUGCUGAUGUUGAUGGGGUUGGCACUUUACGGCUCCUAGAUGCUAUUAAGACUUGUGGCCUUAUCAACUCUGUGAAGUUCUACCAAGCCUCCACCAGUGAACUUUUCGGAAAAGUGCAAGAAAUCCCGCAAAAGGAAACCACCCCUUUUUACCCAAGAUCGCCUUACGGGGCAGCAAAACUGUAUGCCUACUGGAUUGUGGUGAACUUCAGAGAGGCCUACAAUCUUUUUGCUGUGAACGGCAUCCUCUUCAAUCACGAAAGCCCCAGGAGAGGGGCUAACUUCGUUACUCGAAAAAUUAGCCGAUCGGUAGCAAAGAUUCACCUUGGACAGCUGGAUUGCUUCAGCCUGGGCAAUCUGGAUGCUAAGAGAGACUGGGGCCAUGCCAGGGACUAUGUUGAGGCCAUGUGGCUGAUGUUGCAAACUGAUGAGCCCGAGGACUUUGUCAUAGCCACUGGGGAGGUCCACAGUGUCCGUGAAUUUGUGGAGAAGUCAUUUAAGCACAUUGGGAAAACCAUUGUGUGGGAAGGGAAGAAUGAAAAUGAAGUAGGACGAUGCAAAGAGACUGGCAAGAUUCAUGUGACAGUCAAUCACAAGUACUACAGGCCAACUGAAGUGGAUUUUCUGCAAGGGGACUGCACCAAAGCCAGACAAAAGCUGAACUGGAAGCCGAGAGUCACGUUUGAUGAGCUGGUGAGGGAGAUGGUGGACGCCGACGUGGAGCUCAUGAGGAACAACCCCAAUGCCUGA